ACCAGAUGCAUAAACUAUUAAACUUUGCUUGACCAGAGUCUGCAAUCGUUCGUAAAACUCAUUUUAAACUAACCACCACAAAUCAAUUGCUUGAUCUGCAUUUGGUUUGAUUUUUGAUCCGGUUUCUUUAGAGAGCUGCCAAUGACCUCAAAAUCAAGGGCUCAAAAGAGGUUACCCCAAAUUUGAUAUCUCCAAAUUUAGCAUCCAUUUUCACAGAGAAAAUUUCAAUAGAAAUCAACAUAAAAAUCAAAAUCAGAUCAUCUUUCUCCUAUCCUCUUACAACUUUUUUUUUUAAUCUCUUUUCAGUUUUCCCUCCUUUGAAGGGAAAAGCCUUUUCUAGGGUUUUCCCAGAUUAAAGAUCUUGGGAUUUUUUCUCUGAGUUUGCCCUAGAAAUUGCUUUGGUUAUUGAUUAACAUAACUUAGUCUACUAUAGAUUAAUGGUCAAUCCAGGUACGUACACAUACAUGCUUGCAAUGCUCUUGUUUGGGUUUGUUCAUGAUAAUAAUUUGGUUCAAAAUUAUUGUAUUGGGUAAUUGUAAUUUAGGAUCAUACCUUUGGUUUUCCUGUUCAUAAUGGUUUUUGGAUUUUAUGGGAGUUCUCCUUCCAGCGGCUAAAUCGCCCGCCACUUCUAUGAAUUUGUCGAAUACUUAUGAUAUCAUGAGCUUAUUGAUAAUCUCAAAACGAGUUAUCGAUAAAAGGGAGAAAAAAAUUUAUUUUAAAUGAAAAUCAGUAAUUCACAAUUAGCUUUGACUUACAAAUGUGUUUUCUUUUUGUUCUCUUUCGUUAGGAUAAGCCUGUCACCAUUUGGCAAGGAGCUGAUCACUGCGUUAGCCAAAUGGGUUCGAAGAUAUCAAAGCAAGGGUCAUUGAGAGUUGCAAAUGCAACCUUGCAAAGUAGCACUCAUGAUUCAUUGAUUAGCUAUCUCACCACAAGUAACAUUUUACGUAACUUGGUGUCCAAGCAUCGGCGCCGAAUGCUCAUCGCUGGUUACGAUCUCGAUAUGUCGUAUAUCACGGAUCGUGUACUCGCGAUGUCGUUUCCAGCCGAACGUAUGAGGGCCAUGUAUCGUAACCCACUUUGGCAAGUCAAAUCGGUGUUGGAUAUGCGGCAUGGUGGGCACUACAAGGUGUAUAAUUUAUGCAUUGAGCAAUCGUAUGAUCCAUCACACUUUCACUCUCGGGUCGAGACGUUUCCUAUCGACGAUAAUCACGUCCCAGCUCUGCCCAUGAUCAAGCUGUUCUGUGAAAACGUUGAUUCCUGGUUAUCUCAAGAUCCUAAGAACCUUGCUGUUAUACAUUGCAUGGCUGGCAAAGGUCGAACUGGAUUAAUGGUCUGUGUUUACCUAGUCUAUUGCGGCAUGACAGCAGAAGAUGCUCUCCAGUUGUAUGCGAGUAAAAGGACUACCAACAAUCAAGGUGUGUCUAUACCAAGUCAACGACGUUAUGUUCAGUACUGGGCUAGUGCACUUACUUUUCCUAGGGGAAUCAACAAUGGCCCUCCGGACGUGAAUUUGCCUCCACCAUGUAGCAGAGAACUGCGACGAAUCCGGCUCUACGACAUUGUUAACACAUACUCUGUCUUCUUUGUGGUCUCAGAGUUGCAGGAGAUUCCUGGUCAAUUGUAUCGUCCAUCGGUAGAGGUUGCCAAAGGUAGUUGUAGGCAAGUUAGACAAGGAUAUCAUAGGACUUAUAGUCCGAGGUAUUACAUUUCUUUUGUGGAAGAUGAUGAAGAUGGGAAGACAUCAGAUUCAGAACAUCAGGAACCUCAUGUUGUUGUCCAGAUGGAUACUGAGAGUUCCAUCAUCUACCAAAAGACAUGUCUUGAUCAUUACUUUGAGAAGCCAGUAGAGUUAAGUGGAGAUGUACGAAUUAUAUUCUACAAGAAGAUGAUAGGAGGAAGGCUCUUCUACGUCUGCUUCAACACAGCUUUCAUAAAGAACAGCUUGUUACAAUUUACACCUGGAGAUCUUGAUAAACUUGGGAAGAGAGGAAGGUCAAUGUGUGGCCCUUCAUUUUGCUUGGAGCUUACGUUUGGCCCUGCAAACUCAAAGUGUUCAGAGUUGCCCUUUGUUAGCAAUGUUGAUUUUAGUGAUGGACUAUAAGAAAUGUGAUCAAGAAAUGAGAAGAGCAAUGUGAUCCUCCUUGUAAUGUGGUUUUCGCCCUUGUAAAAGAACAUUAAUAUGUAUCACAACUUCUUGUUGUUGCAUAGCCAUAGUUUCUAUAUCCAUACUCAAAACUGCAAUGAGCAUUGAGAUAUGAGGAAAAUCAUUUAUCUUUACUUCAGAAGAUAUAGAAGAAAAAGAUUAAUGUUUGCAGAAAUUCAUUUCUUGGGUAUUUGAUCGGGCAUUUUUCAUCUAUAUGAGAUGUCAUAUCUUAUGCCUAUAUAAAGUAAUUGCUUUGUA